AUAAAAGAGUGUAUUAAAAAAAUAAUGUUUAUGUAGACUUAUCUUUAUUGGAUUUUAUGAUUACGUGAUAAUUAUUUUUUGAGUGUAUAAAAUAGAGUCAUAUAGGACGAUUUUGCUAAGACAAAGAGUCAUGUAUUUAAGACUAGUAAUUUUUUGUUGCUUGUUAUACUGCUUUGCAAAUAAAGGGGUACAUUCAUCUUUUGGAACUGAGUUUGAGGAUGAUGAGUUGAUAGUUGAAUUGGAGAAUUUAGGCAAAAUCCGUGGACAUAUCCUCCAAAGUGCCGAAGGAAAAGAUUUCUACGCUUUUCAAGAUAUUCCCUAUGCAGAACCUCCUAUAGGAAAAAAUAGAUUUCAGGCCCCCAAGCCUCAUGGACCGUGGGAAGGAAUACUGAAUACAACAAGCAAUAACAGAGUCUGCCCGCAACAAUAUCCCGGAGAAAAGCAUAUUAUGCUUUCAGAUUUAAAUGAAGAUGAAGAUUGUUUGGUUUUGAAUGUAUAUACACCAGUGAAACCCAGUUCUAAUAAAUCAUUACCAAUAUUCUUUUGGAUACACGGUGGAUCUUACGUUUAUGGUGCUGGUUCAAUAUACUUUUACAACCCAAAGUUAUUGGUUGAUUAUGAUAUAAUAGUAGUAACAAUAAAUUAUCGAUUAGGAGCACUUGGAUUUUUGACAACACUUGAUGAAAACAUACCAGCAAACUUAGGACUCAAAGAUCAACUUUUAGCUCUAAAAUGGACACACCAAAAUAUCCAUAGAUUUGGAGGGGAUCCCAAACAAAUAACAGUAGGUGGCGAAAGUGCUGGAAGCAUAUCAGCUGGAUUUCAUUUGUUAAGUAGAGCGGCAAAAGGUUUAAUUAAUGGUAUCAUCCAACAGAGUGGGUCACCAUUAUGUGGCGUCUUUUAUCCAACAAAUGAUAGAAAACUGGCAUUUGAAUUCGGCAAAACGUUAAACAGUUCGUUUACCUCAUCCAGAUCAAGUGAUUUAUUAGAACUUUUACAACAAGCAUCGCCUUCAGACAUAUUAGCUGUUCAGAGUAAGUUGAAAUCUGGAAGAACUUUAGGGUUUAUGGAUGCCAUUACAUACAAACCUGUCAUUGAAGGUACCUUUAACGAUGAUGCUUUUAUUACUCAACCAAUGCAUGGUGCAGUACAAAAUGGGGAUUUUAAUUUAGUUCCUAUAUUAAUGGGAAUCACUUCCGAAGAAUCACUAAUGUUUUUGUUUGAAAUUAAUGAAAAUGAUAUUGAGGCAAGAGCUAAAUUUCUUGACGAAGAUCUAAGAAAUCUUGUAGGCGAUUAUCUUAAUAUAGACGAACAAUAUAGACAAGCAGUUGGCAUUACAUUACAAAUCCAAUAUAGUGAUUUUGAUUUUACUUUUACAGAAAAUAGAAGUGCGCUAAUAAAAUAUACCAGUGACGAAGUUUUUACGCGAUCAAUGAUACGUCAAGCUGAAUGUGCUUCAAGUUAUGUACCUGUUUACCUGUAUGAACUAUCAUGGUUACCUGAAGGCACUACUGAUCUAGGAGUACCACAUUCAGGGGAUUUAUGGUAUUUGUGGGAUACACAAGCAUUUGGCGCAAAUAAUGAAACCUUACGGAAACCUAUACUAAAGUGGUGGACUAACUUUAUUAAAUAUCAAAAUCCCACCCCUGUAUUGGACGAAGAACUUCAAAAUGUGAUUUGGCCAGAAGUAGCACCAAAUGCUGUUAAAUAUUUAGAUAUCAAUUCUCAAUUUACAGUCAAGGAAAAUCCCCGAAAUUAUUAUAAUUUUAAAUCUCUAUUAGACUCUUUCCUAAAUCCUCCCUAUGUUUCGUAUUAAACACUAGAAUACAUUUCAUUUUAAACAAAA